CGCCGGCCGCCCCGCGCCGGGCAUGUGAAGCCGCGCCGCGCCAUGCCGGCAGCCCGCGCCCUGCUGCUGCCGCUGCUGCUGGGGCUGCCGCUGGCCCUGGCCCCGCCGGCCGGGUCGCUGCCCCUCGCCGCCCCCCGCCGCCGCUGCUCGCCGCCCGCCGCGGGACCCGCCGUCAUCGAAAGCGGCCAUCAGGAGAGAAGGAGUGCCGACCCCGAAACAGGGACUUCCAGUUCUUGCACGGAAAGCAUGGACGUUGCACCGACGUCCCCCGGGCGCGGAGAGCGGGCAUCCCCGGGGCAGCGGCGAGGCAGCGGUGCCCUCCGCGCCGGCACCGGGCACUUUCCAUGGCACGCGACGGCGCCUGCGGUCAGCCGGGCUGCCGCGAGCCCCGCUCUCCCGCCCUCCCAAAGCGCUCGUCCCGCUGCUGGAAGCAGUCACCGCCCGGCUGCUAGCUCGGAGAGAGGGAAGAGGGCUCUGGUGACUCUCAGCGACCCCACGAGCACGCCGGCACCGCUCAGCCAAGCCGCAGAGGGAACACCACCGGUGUGGGGAGCUGCCAGCACCUCGGCCGCUGCAGUCGGCAGGGAAAGGUCCCCCGCAACCGGCCGGAGCCGCGGGGCUUCGGACGUCGCCGCCUCGGAGCGUACGGCGGGGACGCUGCCUCCGCACCCGUCCUCGGACGCUGAUCCCCUGGCCAGCGGUAGCCCCUCUCCUCCAGCGAGCGGCACGGCAGCAUGGGAGCAGCCGGCCAGUCCUCGUGCCGGCAGCGCUGGUGCUUCACCCACCGCCUCGAGGAGCAGCGUGGGGACGACGACGCCUCUGCCCAGCAGCUCUGUCUCAAGCUCGGAGGCGCCCGGCUUGCCAGAACAGCCCCAGUCCUUGCCCAGCGCUCCCAGUGCCUGGACUGGUGGGAGCAGCCGCGCACCAGACCCCAGGCACUUUGCGGAGGACUCCACGAGCCCUUUGCUGACGGCAUCUCUUGCCUCAGAAACCGCUUUCAGAGCCGCUGGGAGCAGCCAGCAACCGGUUAGCGACCAGGCAGCAGAAAACCACACUUCGGAUUUCCAACCAGGAACGUCCAGCCCUGCAGCCCGGCCCCAGGCCUCGUCCCCAUGGACGCGGGGCACCAGCAUCUCGUCGGGAGCCGUGCACCUCACCGGACCCUCCGUGGACCACCGGCUGCCGCCUCUUCCGCCAGCUCCGGGAAGCGCUGGUCCAGCCAUUGGAAGCAGCUACCAGCCAUCCAGCUUCUCAGCAGCAGAGGAGAGAAUUUCUGAUUUUCCUGCCACCAGUACGUACGUUUCGACACCAUCCACCAGAGGUGGAGGAAGGACGUUAAGGUCACUACCAAGCAGCACCAGCCUGACCGAUGCAACAGAGAUUUCCACCUCCGGAACCGGAAUGAUCCACCCUUUGGAUCGGACCCAGUCCUCUGGGACGUCUUUGGCAGCAGAGGCUGGUGGUGGUGCAGGUGCCACCGCGCUGUUCACAGACUCGUUGCUCUCGGACUCUGCGUCUGCUCCGGAAAGCACUUCCAAAACUUUUAGAAGCACUUACGAACCACAGAGCAUCUCGGCUGCAGAAGUGGGGACUUUGCCCUCUGCCACCACCGGUGCUGCCGUGCCUCCGGCGCGCACCAGCACCUUGGCGAAGGCAUCAGGGUCUCCAGGCAGCAGCAGUGCCCCCAGAGCCACCUCCAGCACCGAUGUGACUGGCUUCGCAGGCGGGCUCUCGUCCUCCGCUGCAGCUCGGACGCCCGGCGUGAGAGGCUCGCGGGAUGCCACGAGUGCCGCAGCGCCUUCCGCAGACCCGGCGCUCGCAAGCUCGAGCUCUGCCUCGGGAAGCGCUUUCACGGGCGAAGGAAGCAGCCAGCAACCAGCUAACAGCUCAGCUACAGAGAAAAGAGCUGCUGAUUCCUCUACCACCAGUGCCUACGUUUCAGCCACCGGCACGGGAGGAAGGACACUGAGGUCCGUAACAAAUAGCAGCAGAUGGGCAGCAGAGGUCUCUACCUCUGGCAGUGGCGUGUCCCGGGCCGUAGGUACGAGCUGGUCCUCAUCUGCGUCUUCCGUAAGAGAGACCUACGGAGUUAAUGGGUCGAGAGCAAUCACAGAUGUCACCGAACCUUUGGCAGACCCUUCGCUAACGCAUUCUCCCUCUCCUUCAGAAAUGCCUUCCACAGCUACUAGAAGCAGCCAUGUGUCGUUUAGCAUCCCAUCAACAGAGAAAAGAACUGAUUUUCCUGACACCAGUACGUACGUUUCGACACCAUCCACCAGAGGUGGAGGAAGGACGUUAAGGUCACUACCAAGCAGCACCAGCCUGACUGAUGCAACAGAGAUUUCCACCUCCGGAACCGAAAUGAUCCACCCUUUGGAUCGGACCCAGUCCUCUGGGACGUCUUUGGCAGCAGAGGCUGGUGGUGGUGCAGGUGCCACCGCGCUGUUCACAGACUCGUUGCUCUCGGACUCUGCGUCUGCUUCAGAAAGCGCUUCCCCAGCCAAAGGAACCAUCAUCUCGGCUACGGAAAAAAGCUUGUCUGACCGUCCUCUCACCAGUGCGCCCAGCACAGUGACGGCUACCAGAGGUGUGGAAAGGACCAUGGAGCCUGUAGCCAACAUCAGUGCAGCAACCAGUGCUGCAGAAAGCAGCACGUCCUUGGAUCCAGUCCAUCUGUCAUCUUCUGUAACCGAGGCUGGAAGGCAGCAUAAUAUUUCACAGAGCGAUGAUGAAUUCAGUGAGCUUUCAACGCAGCCACUGCCUAUAUUUUCUUCCAGUGUUUCAAUGUCUUCAUCUUCACCAAGUACUUCUGAGAGAGAGAAAAGGGUUUCCAGUGUUCCUACCGAGAGAACGUACAUCUCACCCGCCUUCUCCACGCGCGGAGCGGGGACCUCUCAGGCUCCAGUUGACCACAGCACAUGGAGCGAGGUGACAGGAGGCUCCACUUCUAACCCAGACGUGGCCGGGGAGUCGCGCUCCAGCCCCUUCCCGUCCGCAACAGCGUGGCCUGGAGGAGGGCCCGUCUCAUCCAGCGAUGCAGGUUAUACCGAGCCCUUGGCCGAGGUCACGUUUUCAUCCCAGGCCUCCACCGACUUCUCUGCCCCACGUGAACUUUCCACCACUGGAAGUAGCCAUCACUCACUGAGCAGCUCGAGUGCAGAAGAAAGGAUUUCCAGCGCUUAUACUGAUGCUGCGUACAGUUCAGCCACAGUAACGGCAGGUGGAGAGAAGACAUUGAGAGCUGUGACAAACGGCACGCUGGCCCGUGGCACAGAGAGCUCCACGUCACACGCGGAAAUUGCUAAUUCCUCCGAAGUGAAUCGCUUGGCGCCCAUGGAGCAGAGCAGCACUCCUAAUAUCUCUGCGAGCAGCACGGGCAUCACUGGGUUUGCGACUGAGACACUGUUUACGCAUUCUUCCAAGAUACUGACUUACUCAUCUUUCCAAAACAAUCUCUCAAGCUUUCCAAGUAGCCAUCAGCCAGUCAGUAGCGUUGACGCUGAGAAAAGGACCUCUGUUUCUCACACAGACGGCACAUACAUUUCAACCACGUACACAAGAGGUGGAGAAAGGACCCUCCUGUCUAUAUCAAAUAGUAGCACCUCUGCUGAGUCCUCGGAAAGUUCCACUUUUUUUUCAGAAAUUUCCAGCCCUUCUGAUUCGUCUCAAUCUUCUUCUGUGACCCAGGACAGAAGAAGCAAUGUCUCCAGUGACGGCGGUUUUAUUGAACCAUCUACUGAGCCUUUGCUAGUACAUUCUUCCAAACCGUUGACUUCUGCUUCCACAGGCAGCGUACAAAAUACAACCAUCUUAGAUACUGACUCUGAGUUGUUGCCUACUGGCAGAUCAUCUCUAUCUUCAUCAGCGUUUCCAUCCUCUUCCUCAGCGUCAUCGCUGCAUUACUCACUGUCAUCAACACCAUCACCAACUUACCUGUUUGCAUCAUCAGAGUCAUCUGAGCUGCUGUCUUCCUCCGUGAUGGCAUCAUCGCUCCCUCUACAGGCUUUGUCAACUGCUGUACCCACUUCCUCGUUGCUUUCCCCAUCUUACUCGUUAACAUCUUUAUUACCUCUGUUUUCUUCACCGUCUUCUGUGUCGCAGUCCGACGACAGCGGUCAAGCCAGCACCUCUGUAGCUACCACUGAAGUCAGACAGGUGCCCUCUACAGCUGCCAUCACUGGGCGCUCGCCUGGAGGCACCAGCCUGCCGAGUGGAACGCACCAGCCCCCAAACAGCACCAUCUCCAGCUCCACAGGGUCUCCUCCUCUUCCCACAGAGCCCAUGGAGCAGCCCAGCAGCCGCGCCGUGUCCGUGUCUGCUCCUGCGCAGGUAACUGAGAGCCCCUCGCCAAGGGUCACUUCUCCCAAGGGGGACAGCUUUGGAAACACAACGCCGCUGCUCACCACAGCUGGUGAUACCCCGCAUCCUGGGACGACAGAAGCACCCCGCAGUGCCUUACCGAGCACAACAAACCAAAGGGUUGUCCCCGCCGUGGUGGCACUGACUACAGUGAAACCCCCUGUGCUGACAACACCUGCAGUUCGCAGACCAACCCCGGCUCAUCCUAGCACUACAAAAACCCACAGACCCCAAACGCCCGCUGCCACUAAAACAGCUUAUGCCACUGGUCAAAGCACAGAAGCUAUUGAUCAUAGCACUGCAGAUACUGGUAAAGUCACCGAGGAACACAUCCCGGUUACGAGUCCUUCUGAAGCACCUCCACCCGCCAAGACCACUGUAAGCGUUGCAACUACUUCGGCUGCUUCUACCAAACCAACGACUGUCACUCCGUUGAGUAGCACAGCAGGGCUGAGGACGUCGUCGCCUGUAGCAGAUGUGGAUGAAUGUCUUUCCAAUCCUUGUCCUGCCUUGGCCACAUGCAACAACACCCAUGGCUCCUACAUCUGUCAGUGUCCUCUUGGGUAUGAGCUGGAAAAAGGAAAGUGCAAUUUAGUAAGAAUAUUUAUUGGCCAGGUUCCCCUGAAACCGAAUGUCACUCAUGGGAAGUAUGCAGAACUCCUCCACGUCGAGGGUGAGAUCCUCGCGAUGCUGGACGCGUCGCUGGCGGGGCUGCCGGGGUACCACCGCUCCGUGGUCGAGGCCACGAGGGAGGCCAACGUUGUCCAUGUUUCGGUGCGAUCCAUGUUCUCUUUGGCCUCCAACGUGACGUUCUACGACGUUGUCAGCAGCGUGAAAAGCUACAUCAGAGCGUGCACAUCCCCCCCAGACACCUGCCAGUUCAUCUCAAGCCUCAAGCUGCUCCACAGAGUUGGCAGCUUGUGCAAACAGAAAGACCCCGAAUGCGACAAGGAAACCUCCGAGUGCACCGACUUCGAUGGCGUUGCGCUCUGCCAGUGCAAAAGCGGGUACUUCAAAUACAACAAGAUGGACCAUUCCUGCCGAGCCUGCGAAGAUGGAUAUAAGCUGGAAAAUGAGACCUGCGUGAGCUGCCCAUUUGGCUUAGGUGGAUUCAACUGUGGAAACCCGUAUCAGCUCAUCACUGUGGUGAUCGCAGCCGCAGGAGGGGGACUUCUGCUCAUCCUGGGCAUAGCGCUGAUAAUAACCUGCUGCCGGAAGAAUAAAAAUGACAUAAGUAAACUGAUUUUCAAGAGUGGGGAUUUCCAGAUGUCACCGUAUGCCGAGUAUCCAAAGAACCCCCGAGCACAGGAGUGGGGCAGAGAGACCAUCGAGAUGCAGGAGAACGGAAGCACUAAGAACCUGUUGCAGAUGACAGAUGUAUAUUAUUCGCCAACUGGACUGAGAAAUCCUGAACUGGAAAGAAACGGACUUUAUCCUCCCUACACUGGUUUGCCUGGAUCUCGACAUUCGUGCAUCUACCCUGGACAGUACAAUCCAUCUUUCAUUAGUGACGAAACCAGAAGAAGAGACUACUUUUAGCAGGGCAGAGAGGGAGUGGAAGAUUGACACAGUUUUGUGGCCCUUGAGCACCGGGUGCCUUCUGUGGCAGUUCAGCUCACAUCAGUCUUGCUCUUCCCAUUUAACAGCAGGAAGGACUUUGAACUCAAUGCAGGGCGUUGCUGCCCCGAGAAACUGUUAUGCUUGUUGAGCUGCCAAGAGAAGAUGGAGGAGGGAACGGUUCAAGGUGCAGACCAGUGAAAGACCCAGGUGAAAGCUAAUGUGUGUGCCCCAUUUUUGCGCCGUGCUGCUCCUUUACUCCAUGCUAUGGGGCAAGCAUAGAUCAGCGCAGGCAGAUGAGCUGUGCCCGGCACUCUGAAUCAAAUACCACUAGGGAGUAUUUUGUUUACAGAUACUGUUCACUGUCAGGCUGACGACUGUGCUUGUCUUCUUAGCCAGCUUUCGUGCAAAGAGUCACCGUGUGACUGGUUUUGGUAGCAAAAGUAUGUCAGCUCCCUUUUCUCCUGCCACAUUGCCUUCUGCUUCCUGCACGAGAGGGGAGCUGGCUUGUCCUCUAGCCCUUACGUUCUCGCUGGUAGAAGUUCUCCAAAAGGCUCGGUCUGUGCUGAAGCCUGGCAAUGUUGGCUGAAUUUGUGGGUUGGUUGUCUCCAAGGAGUACAGGAAAGUUAGUCAUACCACUGCGAUGCAAACUGACAAAGAGAUGCAGCCAAUCCCAUGCACUACUCCUGUAUGGAGGGAAAAGUCUCAGUGCGUCAUUGUUUUGUCAACCAGCAUUGUUCAAAAGCGAUACCUCUAUAGGUCAUGAGAGUACUUCCGUGUAGGAUUUUAAGAGGCUCUGUUUCCUGGCAGGGUUUUAUAUGCCUAUAAAAACAGCAAUAUAACUUAAAAUAGUUGCUAACAGGAACAUUUACUACAAAGAAGAAAAAUAUGAGCUGGGAACUCACCACGCUCCUUGCUUGGAAUUUGGAUAGGAGUGAUAAUGGUGUAGCCCUGGUUGGGCAGGUAGACCAUGAAUGAACACUGCAGGUGGGACAUAGCUUUAAGCCUUCACAGCCCGCCUUGACUUCAGUGGGAGGCGUGGAGGGGGACUCAGUACAUUGGAAAAUGCAGCUCGCUGCAGUUGGUUGCAUUUGACAAGAGAAAAACAGAAUGCUUUGAAUCCUGGCAGAGCAAAGAUCACACGUUUCAAAUUGUUUUGCCUUCAUCCAUCCUAGUUUUGAGUUAUUCAGACCAGGCAGGUUUCCUGACAUAGGUGUGUUAAUUUACACUAAUGACUUGGCACAAGCUGCAGAAUUAAGUCAGUAUAUUCCUCACCAAAGAUCAGAUUGAAAGCUUAUUGACUUCAUUCCUUCCUGAGCUGGGUGUUGAAAGAGAUCUUUAUUACAAAGUAUUUUUACAGCUUAUCUUCACUGCAAGGAUAUACUGAGUCAUCCAAGGCCUGUCCAGAUGCACUAAUCCUUACCUUGAGUAUCAUUGUGCUUUUAAUUCAAGCUGGCUGCUUGCAUGAGGACAGCAAAGAAUAGCGUAGUUCCUUAGCUAUUAACCCACCAUCUCUGUAGUGUGUUCAUAAUCUAGCUUCACUAAAACGCGUAUACUUCCCGGUACUCCCAUCUCCCCCUCAGUGCUCAAAGAGACACAGUGCCUACAAGGGAGCUCAGCUCACUGGGGACCAUGGGAGGUGCCCCCCAAAGUGCCUACCGCCAAGUGACAGCAGCAGGUCAAACGUGGACAUGUUGCGGGGCUGCUCCCCCGCAGCAAGCCUGCGGUGACGGGGUGCCCUCGCUCAGGGAGCAGUCACCCUACUCGUGUCCUGCAGGCGCUAGGAGCCUCCAGAUCCUGUCCCAGCACUCCGAAGGCGGUUGUGUUCCCUGCCCAAAGUGAGGACGACUACCCAGAGGACGACGAGCGAGUACAAGGCAUUCAUCAGCUGCAUGGACUGAGAGGUUUCUGGUCCCUGCUCCCGUCUGCUUCUGUGUUCUCCAGAUUGCAAGGUGGCAAAAGCACCGCAAACGUGCCUGGGAAGACGCAGCUUGGUGCACCAUCCGUAGCGUACACACGCAGUGUUGCUUCAAGCCUCACCCUGUACCUGCUUGUAGAAACGGCUGUGCGGUCUUGCGGAGAAACGGAUCUUUGCGUGUGCCCAGGGGCAGUGUGCUUCACUCCUGUUGUGUGAUUUUUAUGGUGACGGUGCAGCUGAUUUCACAUCUGCCUGAUCCACAGCCGGACUUGCAGGUGGUAGCACGCAGCUUGUCGCAGAUCAAGGGAGGAAGUGAUCAGCUGCUCCUGGGAAGUACGGCUGCCUGAGGGGCUAUAUUUAAAGGAAAGCUCUAGCUACAGUGUGCAAAAUAGCUUAACAGGUAAAGCACAAAAGCUAACUGCCCUCUGCCGCUCUAACCAGUGUUUCCAGCCAGUAAAUGAUGUUCUUCUCCGAUUCAUUAGUAGCCAAUACCCUAAUUAUAGAGGGUGCCUUGAAUGAGGUGGACUAAGGGCUUGGUCCUGCCGUGCUCUGGGGGCUCCCAGGGAGGACGUUGGUAGGGUUCACAGCCUCUCCGAGGGUGAGUUGCUGCUUUUGCAUAGCACCAGCUCUGUUUUUGAUGAGUGCCAAGUUGGAAAGGGUCACCUUUCCCGUGGCACAGAGGAGGGUUUUGUCUCUGCUAUAAACAAAAGAGAGAAGCCGGGACUUGCUGCUGACUCUAAAUCCCGAGCACUUAGACAAGCGCUGGGGUCUGCCUCUAUAUAUUUAGAACAGCUUAGCAAAAAGUGAGCAUGUCCCGGCCAUGACAGUAGGAUUUAACCAUGUGCCAGCACUUCCAGACAGUGAAGUAUUUAGGCAUGUGCUUAUAGGCAGAUGUGCUUAAUUGCUUGGUUAGUUCAAAGACCGUGUAUUGUGAAGUGUGCGUGUGUGUGCUAAGUGGCUACUGCAAAGGACAAAGGUUGAACCAUCAACUCAAUGUUGUGGAUCAGUCCUUUUUAUAUAAAGAGUAGCAUUUGGGUUGUAUUAACCAAACUCCUGGCCCGUAUGUCUUGCAGCAAACUGCAAGUACUUUGAGUAGGAAACGUGAUAGAACUAUUUUCUAAUUCAGAUUGCACAGAAGUCUGCAAGUAAUUCAUUUUCAUUUCUUAAUAACCUUAAUUCUUCUUAAUGCUGUAACUGGAGUGAAAGGGUUUCAAUAAACCCAGCAGGAUUUUCUGCGUGAGGGGUGUAAAACUUGGCCUUUUCCAAAAGAGAUACCUGAGUUUUAUUGCACUGAAACUUUAUGCCUGUCAGAGGAGGUAAACAUUGGAAAAUCUGCUCUGUGAAUUUGUCCUUUGCAUCCUUUUAGUUUUGGUAAGAAAAACUAAGUCAUGGAGCAAAUGUGUAGUCCACAGGAAGGAGGAAAGGGGUGUCUUCUGACCUGGCAGCACCUUCUCUGGGUGCCCUAGGAGUCCCCUUUCAGCUGGGAGGAGAGGAUUUAAGCAGCAGUCAGCUCUGGGGUUAGCAGGGGUACUUUCCCACGCAGUGAGUUUCAGGAACUCUUUGCAGAGCCGGCGCUAUGCAGCGACAAGUUAUUGAGCGCGGCUCUCGGCGAGCCCAGCUGCUCCCCGCGCAGCAAUGCUCCCGUCCUCCCCCAAACCCCGCGGGCUCUUGGCUCCGCCGCUGCCCGUGCGCAGGGCAGUUUGCUGCAAUUUGUGGCCGUUCAUUUAUUGCAAUUAGUUAAUACCGCGGCUCACUGGCAAGGGGACUCUCCCAGCCACGGCGGGGCUGUGACCUGUUUCUGUGCAGCUUGCGACUAGUAAAACUGUCACCAGGAUCCUGUUUGUCUGCUUCUGCCUGUGACAGCCGUUUCUCGCUAACCACGGCGGUCAGCAGAAGCUCCCCCCAGCAGUGGAGUGGGGUUUGCUACUCCCGUCCCAGGGAGGUGGGUCUCUACCCUCCCUCUCAGUCCCCACUUGCCUCUGUGUUAAGUACUUUACUCCUUAGGACAUCUAAAUAAAUGUAGCCUGAUUUCUCAGAGGAUUUAGGUUGAUUUCAGCUGCCCCAAAACGCAGAUUUUGACCACAGCGGAUCCUUUUGCCAAGGGAAGCGUUCUCCGUUAUCCCAGCCAAGAGGAUGGGGUGGAGGAUGCGUGUUUCUUGCUAGGAGGCUGCAAGUGGGUCGCCAGAUGGAGGGAAAGGGAGAAAAACCGCACUAACACCUAAGAGAAAUCUGUUCUUGCUCCUGGCUGGUAUGUACAGGUAGGGAAGCAGUCAGCGGGGCCCUUGGGCAGCUGUGUGGGAGUCUUUCCGAUUAACUUUGGAAGAAAAGCUGAUUACUGGACAGGAGAAAGUUAGCGCUCUGCCGGUUCUGUUGACCAAAGCCCCUCACCCCCAGCAACACCCCCGGCAGCCAGCCCGCGAGAGGCGGCGGGCAGAAUAACCAGAGCAGCCAAAUGCAGGUUUGGGGCAUCGUUCAAAAGGCACGCUGGUACAAGCAGCCAUCCCACGUGCCUGUCAUGCCCUGCUGCUCACCCCGCCACCCCUCCCACGCCUGACUGGAAAAAACCGCGGUGCUUUUGCAUGCCAAUGAAACCUCAAAGCACUAAAUUUGGCUACGUCAGGAAUGCACGAGACGGGCAUUUUCAUGCCUUUUUCCCUGCACAUGUAAAGCGUUAAGUAACAUGGCAGCAAGAAAUCUCAUUGCUGCAGCAGCCUUUCCAUAAAGUCCUGGCACCACAGUCAGCUAUUGAGGCUCUCCCUGUGGCCAGACCUCUAAAAGUGAUUUGCAAUAGUAAAAAGACUUCUAGAAAAUAGCAAUAAAUUGCAUUUAGCGAGAAAUGUUUGUCACUGUGAAACUGUUUGUCCCAGCCGUUGUAAUGCCUGUCCUCUAGGGGCCUUACAGACCAGUAAAGUCGGGUCAGACAUUGCUGUAGACGCGUGAAGUACUUCCCCAGGACUCCUCUCUAAUUCUGGUCAAUGGCAAUAUCCGUGCCAAAUCCAUCUGGUCUUCUCAUUCCCUCAUAUCAAUGUUUAAUCUUUAGUUUUCUUCCUUAAAUUGAACAAGAACGGAUGCAUUUUACUUAAAUGUUCUUCCUAUGCUGACUAUUGUUUUUUCCUCUUUACACACAAAGGACCUAAUCCAGCAUCCACUAUACUGACCAGGAUAACUUUCCCAGGGAUUGUAAUGGGGUUUUUCCUAGGCCUGGAUUGUCCCACCUUCAGGGUGACUUGGGUGUACAACAUGCAUGCGUUUGGCUUUCCGUUCUGCCCGCUUCUGUGGUGUUGUUGCUGCCUUUCAAUGUUGUAUUUAUUUUUUAGAAGUAUAGUUUUUGCUGUAGCAAAACCUACAUUAUGUGAGAUUGAGCAAACAGGUUAUUGUUCGAGAUCUGAAACACCUCCCCGAGAAGACGAUGGAUGUGAAUUUUGUGAAAUUGUUUUGGAUGGAUAAUCCUUUACUAAUCAAACGACCUGUUUCCUACAGUUUGAGAUCUUCUAGGGAGAUAGAGGUGCUUUCGGUAUUCAGAGAAAUACUCCGAGGAGAGUUCUCUGAGUGCAGGAGCUACUGAUUCGCACUUGCCUGCCCCUCUGGCAAUGAAAAAAAAUCUGCCAGCGUGGGAAGGGGUGCGCGCUGUGUGCCUGUAAGAUUUCGGGAGCCUUGCAGUGUGUAUGUAAUUCUUCGUUCCCUUGAAUUGCUGAAGCUGAAAAGCAGGAGAGAAAUCCAUUAAGGGAUGAGGGAGUCAGUUCAGCGAAGAAAAGAAUAUACUUAAUUGUUUUGCAGAACUAAAUGUCUAAGGUCAGUGUAAUACCGUGACUUCUGUACUGUAAGAUCGUACAUAGGAUGAGACCGGUUCGGCGUGUGGUUUGUGUUACGUGCGAGCAAUAGCUCUGCUGAGGGAAAACCUAGCGAGGGUGCCCUGAUGUUCCUCAAAAGUAGUAUGUAAAUGCUGAGCCCCUCGGUCUUUUUUCUGGUAAAAUGCUUGCUGAAAGGGAUGGGAGUCUUGCAUGAGUAAUUACUGCAGCAAGUGGCCCGCAAAUCUGCAAUACGCUACACCCUGAUGCAGAAAGGUCCUGUGGAGUACUGUGAAAAGGGUCACUGGUGCUAGGCAGCGCCGGAGAAUUUGCCUGAUACAAAAUGCUUCUUUUAAAGUCUGGUGGGAUGGUUUUCUUUAAAGGAAAAAAAUUACAGAAUAAAUAUUCAAUUGUUUCUUUUUUUAAGGAAAUUCGGGUAAACUCGGUUGUUUGUUUUAAGCCCUGUUGAAAUUCUACAGGGCUUUUUCAUAACAGGAAGCAAAAUUUCGUAGGUAAAAUCAUAAUGGUUUCCGGGAACAGCUUUCAGAAUUGCAGAGUAAAGCUCACCUUUAGUGAAGCCUAUUUCAAAAGGCAAAGUUUCAGCAUUUGUUUGUGCUUCUGUUAUUAACCUGAACGUGGACCUGCUUUAUGUUCUUGACAUUGUCCGGGUUUCCCUUCCCAUCUCUCUGAAUGUUAGCUUCCAAGUUGCUGGGUUUUUAAGGACUUGUUCCAAACCAGUAUUAUUUAAAGUUGUAUCAUAUUUUCAGUCUCCACUAAUUACACAGUACUGUAGUAGCAAAAUAUAAUUUUUAAGGAUUGGAUUAUUUUUAUACCUGCAUCCAAUAUUAUUAAAUCUGGCGUUCUAGUCAGUAUUAUAAAAGGAUACAAUAAAACUAUGGAUAUUA